AUGGUUAUUUUUUUCCAGGCUGACAAUAUAAUAAGUGUUGUUGAUGUUGACUCUUCAUCCAUAGUGUUAUCCCACCGACUCACUCCCAUGAAUACUCCUCCAUUGGACAAAGGCACCCCAGUCUAUUUAACUCUUCAAGAAAUUCUCAUUGUAGGCAAUUGUAAUGAACAGGUAAAAUUUAGUGAACUCACAUUGGAUAUGUUCCGAAUGCUUCAGACUUUGGAAAGAGAACCCCAAGAAGACUUAACCACUCAACUAUAUGAUACAUCACCAGCUCCAGGGAGGCAACCAUUUGAAAAUGGUGAUCGCUCUAUACGAAGAGACAACCCCCACAAAUAUCUGCUCUAUAAACCAACAUUCAGCCAACUCAACACCUUUCUAGCAUCAGGUUUUAAAGAACUUCCACCAAAUGGAGCUCUACUCUUGUAUAUAUCUGCUGAUGGUUGUUUUGGAAAUGCCAAACAUACAGAUGAUGCUGCCUAUGACCUUGGUGGCGUAGUAACCAACAGUCGAAGAGAAGGGGAUAUAUUGAAUAAAAAUAAAAGAUCAGGAAGCCUAAAAGAGAUGCAUUGUUUACAUCCAGGUGACUUGUAUCCAUAUACCAGAAAACCACUGUUUCUAAUAUGUGAUAGUGAUAAUAGUUCAGCUUUUCAGUGUUUCCCUAACUUAUUUGGUCAACCCCUUGUCUGCCUUCUGUCCCCUGAACAAUUGCCAUCAACAAUGCAAGACCAACAUCUGAAAGGCAAUCUGUUUACUUUGUUCCUUCAUUGUCCUCUGAUGGCAUUUUGCUAUGUGUGUAAUAUUGGGGACAUUCCAAUCACUACAUGGGAUAAAUGCCAGAGCCAAGUGGAUAAAUUCAUGUCAGAAGCAUCGAAGCUGUUCACUCGCUCAAGGAAAUUAGAUCACUCUUUUAUGCAGUUUUUUGGUGAUGAUUUCCUUCGCCUUCUGCUACUGCGCUUUGUUUUUUGCUAUAUAGUCUUAAUACUUCAUCGUGGUUUUAAGGGUCCGAGUUAUUUUCCAACAUCUCAUCCAUCAUUACCAACAGAUGAGAUACUUGAGCAUCCUUUACUUUACAAGAGUAUGCUGGAUUUAGCAAACACUUUAGAUGUUCGAGGUCUGUUUGCAGAACCAGGAGAUGGUGACACUUCCAACUAA